AGCAUCCCCAGCAACGCACAGCGCACAUUUCAGAAGCAAAUACGAUGUCUAACUUUGAUUUGUCUGACGGUUUGGACAUAAGUUCUGUUGAAGAGCCGCCAAGUUCUGACAGCUGCAGUACAGCUGACACAGACGUUGAGGAUAGAAAUUUCCCCCUUGAUAUAAAUGUUGUCAUCACUUGUGAACGCAAAACAAUGCGACAUGCGGCCAACCUGAUAGUGAUCCUAAAUAAUAUGAAGAAACCUCUGAUCAAAUUUGGCCAAGGGUUGAGUGACCAACAACAGUGCGAUACAGUUCUCAAUGGUCUAAUAGAAGAAACAACAGUAGAAAUGUUGGAAUCAAAACGAAAAGAAAGAAAGAUUCAGCGUGUCAACAGUGUUUUACUCUGCACCCUGUGUGAUGAAGCAAAGAAAGAUGUCAUCCACGGUUCAGAACAGCCGAAGCUUCACGCUAUAACCCUGAAAGCAGGAAACCAUGAAAAGAAAGUGAUAUUUCAGAUGACUAGGUACACUGACUGCUCAACUGCAAAACAAUUAGUUAUAUUGUCUAUUGCAAACACCAACCAAUACCUAACAUGCUCAAUGCAAGAUGGGAAUGCGGUUUUGAAUCUUGAGGAAUGUUCAGAGUCAGACCUGCAGUUCAACAGUGAGCACAACAUGGAUCGUUUCUUGUUUUACAAAACCAUCACUUCAAUGUCGCUGACAAAGUUCGAGUCUGUCAGCUGUAAUGGUUGGUUCAUCAGCACAUCUUCAGAGGACCAGAACCAUCCUGUGGAAAUGUGCCAACUGGACAAUGCAGAGAGAUAUUACUGCUUCAACGUCAGCCGGUCAAAGAAAUGAAAGUAAAUGGAGCCUCAGGAAGAACAGGUUACAAAUAGGGUGACCACCUGCUCCUCUUGGUUGUCCUGCACAGCCAAUUAGCCGCCUGUCCCUUGUCCUACCUAAAAUGUACCUCUAUUUUUUACUGAUGCCACAUGAAUUCAAUAAAACAUUCAACAUUUAUUUAAAAAAUAGCAUAAGAUUUCUUUUCUUGCAAUGAACUCAGCAAAGAUUGUCUGGGUUUUAAAUAUGUUGACACCUAUUGCUAUUAAAAUCACUCAUGC